CCACCCGGCCAAGGGCGUCUUCCUGAGGGGUGGAGCCGGGCAGGCUGCACAGCAGGGAAAAUAGCCAGAUGCUGCUUCAAGUGCCCUCAAAGAAGAUAUGGCCUUGUCAAUAGCUCGACUUCUCCUGAGAUCCUGCAAGAUCUUCACCCACAGCAGCCUUCUGCUGCUCCUCAGCUUGGGGUGGGUGCAGCCUCCGAGGGCCCAGACAGUUAUGACCCAGCAGGAGGCUAUAUUCCUCAACCCAGUCUUGGCCAACAAGAGUGAUCUUGCCAGCCCAGACUUCUUUACGGGCCCCCAGUCCUGUACCCAGUUCUUCUCCGGCAUCGCCAAGGCCAAUGUGGAUGUGCUCCCGCGGGGGGCUCCUGAGCGGCGGCGGCUGCUGCUUGCAGCUCUGGCCUGCCAGGGUGUUCAGGGGUCUCGGGUGACUGAGGACAACGUGCAGGCCCUGGGAGGCCUAGCUUGUGACCUGCCUGGGCACUUUGUUGCCAACUCUGCGGCAGUCGUCCUCCCCCGGCUGGCAGCCUGCCCAGGACCCCUGGACCAGGAUCAACAAGAGGCAGCCAGGGCAGCUCUGCAGGGUGGAGAAACACCCUAUGGCCCCCCAUCAAGGUGGUCGGUCUCCACGUUGGAUGCCCUGCAGAACCUGCUGGCUGUGCUGGACCACUCUAUCAUCUGUACCAUCCCCAAGGGGAUCACAGAUGCCUGGCUGCAUCGUACCUCCCAGGAGCCAUCUGGGCAAUGGCCAGAGCUGACUACCAUCCUUGUGAGGCUCAAACGGAGCACAGUGGAGAAGUUCUGUCCUCCAGGGCGGAAGCCCCAGGAGGUGGAGGAAGAGCUCUUCUUCUAUGAAAACUGGGAACUGGAGGCCUGCAUGGAUGGUGCCCUGCUGGCAGCCCAGAUGGACCGAGUGAAUGCCAUCCCCUUUACCUACCAGCAGCUCCACAUCUUUAAGCGCAAGCUGGAUGAGGCCUACCCACAAGGCUACCCUGAGUCCCUGGUCCUGAGCCUGGGCUACUUCUUCAACCUCAUGAGCCCUGAGGACAUUCAGAAGUGGAAUGUGACCUCCCUCAACACCUUAAAAGCUCUGCUCAAAGUCAGCAAAAGGCCAAAUAUGGACACUAAGGUGGUCACCCUGAUUACCCGCUACCUGCAGGGGAGUGGCCAGCUGGACAAAGAUACUCUGGAUGUCCUGGAUGGCUUCUAUCCCACCUACCUGUGUGCCCUCAGUCCUGAGCAGAUGGGGUCUGUGCCUGUCAGCCUCUUGUGGGCAGUCAGGCCUCAGGACCUGGACUCAUGCAGCUCAAAGCAGCUGAAUGUUCUCUAUCCCAAGGCCUGCUUGGCAUUCCAGAAUGUGAGCAGGCCAGAGUACUUCAGGAAAAUCGAGCCUUUCCUGGGUGGGACCUCCUUAAAGGACUUGCAGGUCCUCAGCCGCCAGAAUGUAAACAUGAGCUUGACCACGUUUAAGAAGCUGCCAGUCAAGACUGUGGAGCGGCUGACUGUGGCUGAGGUACAAAACCUUCUGGGACCACACAUGGCAGACCUGAAGGCAGAGGAGAGGAACAGUCCUGUGAAGGAAUGGAUCUUCCAGCAGUGGCAGGAAGACCUGGAUAGGCUGGGGCUGGGGCUCCGUGGUGGUAUCCCCAAUGGCUACAUGAUCCUGGACUUCAACUCACGACGAGAGGCCUUCUCUGGAGGAACCCCCCUCUUUGCAUCUGGACUUGUGCUGGCAUUGACCCUGGUUCUGCUUGUGGCUGGGACUCUGAACUGAGGCUACCAUUUCCAACGCCCCUGGCCCUUGCCCACUGUGGAGCUCCACUAUGGGGGAGCAGGCCCAGGUGAUCAUUGUCUUUCCCAAGGGCAUCUGAAUUCAAUAAACUGGCCCAUCCCUCUGCAGACAAGCUCUGUGCCG